CGGCGGCGGCAGGCGGGCGGGCGGAGCGCCGAGAUGAGCCUGGCGGAGGGCCGCGCCCCGCGGCGCACGGCCGGCAAUCGCCUCUCGGGGCUGCUGCAGGCCGAGGAGGAGGACGAGUUCUACCAGACCACCUACGGCGGCUUCAACGAGGAGUCCGGCGAUGACGAGUACCGCGGCGAUCACUCCGACAGCGAUGACGAGGUUGACUCUGACUUCGACAUCGACGAGGGCGACGAGCCGGGCUCGGAGCAGGACGAGGCCGAGCCCCGCCGGCAGCGCCGCGUGCUCACCAAGGCCUACCGGGAGCCGCUCAAGAGCCUGCGGGCCAAGAAGGCCGAGGGGCCGCGGGGAGGAGCCCAGCGGGGCCGGGAGGUGAAAUCCACACCCCUGGAGCUGCAGGAGGACGGGGGAGACAGCAGGAAGCACAUGCGUCAGUCCACCACGGAGCACACCCGGCAGACGUUCCUGCGGCUCCAGGAGCGCCAGGUGCAGUCCAAGAGGAAGAAGGGAGGGACGAGCUACGAGCGGCCCCUGACACAGGAGGAGCUGCUGGAGGAGGCCAAGAUCACCGAGGAGAUCAACCUGCGCUCCCUGGAGAACUACGAGCGGCUGGAGGCGGACAAGAAGAAGCAGGUGCAGAAGAAGAGGAAGAUCGUGGGCCCCGUGAUCCGCUACUGGUCGCUGACCAUGCCCCUGCUGCCCGAGCCCGGCCGCGAUGACCCCGUGGACGUCGAGGGGCUGGACCCCGAGGCGCAGCCGCCGUCGCCGGCCAAGUGCUCGCGCACGUUCAUCUCCUUCAGCGACGACGCCACCUUCGAGCGCUGCUUCCCGCGGGCGCGGCCGCCGCGGCUGCCGGUGCGGGAGCUGUGCCCGGUGACGCACAAGCCGGCGCUCUACCGCGACCCCAUCACCGACAUCCCCUACGCCAACGCCCGCGCCUUCCGCAUCAUCCGCGAGGCCUACCGCAAGUACGUGACGGCGCACGGGCUGCCCAGCGCCGCCGCCGCCGCCGUGGGCACGGCCGGAGGGGCCGGGGACGGCGCCGGGGCCCGGCCCGGGCGGCAGAAAAUCGUCAUCAAACAGAGCGUGCCCAGCGUCUGACACCAUGGAUAUGGGGUUUGGGGUGUUGGGGUGUUCUUCCUAUAACGGCAGAAAAUCGUCAUCAAACAGAGCGUGCCCAGUGUCUGACACCAUGGAUAUGGGGUUUGGGGUGUGGGAAUGUUCCUAUAACAGCAGAAAAUCGUCAUCAAACAGAGCGUGCCCAGCGUCUGACACCAUGGAUAUGGGGUUUGGGGUUUGGGGUUUGGGAAUGUUCCUAUAACAGCAGAAAAUCGUCAUCAAACAGAGCGUGCCCAGCGUCUGACACCGUGGAUAUGGGGUUUGGGGUUUGGGGCUGUUCCUAUAAUGGCAGAAAAUCGUCAUCAAACAGAGCGUGCCCAGCGUCUGAGAGAUGGGAUUUGGGGUGUGGGAAUGUUCCUAAAACAGCAGAAAAUCGUCAUCAAACAGAGCGUGCCCAGUGUCUGACACCGUGGAUAUGGGGUUUGGGGUUUGGGGUGUUGGGGUGUUCUUCCUAUAACGGCAGAAAAUCGUCAUCAAACAGAGCGUGCCCAGCGUCUGACAGCACGGAUAUGGGGUUUGGGGUGUGGGAAUGUUCCUAAAACGGCAGAAAAUCGUCACCAAACAGAGCGUCCCCAGCACCUGAGAUUUGGGAUUUUGGGGUAUUGGGGUGUCAGGUUAUUGGGACUGACAGCGGUGAUGGUUUUGUUGAGGGGCUCCUUUCCCAAGUGUUGGCAGUGCCUGAAAUCCCAGGAUUUGGGGUUUGGGGAUGUGGGGUCACCCCUCUGAGGGAUUUUUUUGGGGGUCAUUGUUCACCAGGGGUGUUGGAUGAGGGAAUAAAGUUGAUUUGGGGGUUGGUCUGCGUGGGGUGGUGGGAGCCCCUUUGCCAGGAGUUCCUACAAUAAAUAAAGAGGUUUGCAGAACCCUUUUCCAGAAAUCCUACAAAAAAUAAGGGGUGGGAGAUGUUUUACCAGGAAAUCCUACAGCAAACAAGGUUCACAAACCCGUUAUUUUCCAGAAAACCCUACAAUAAACAAAAGGUUUAUGGGA